AGGCAUGUUGACCCUGUGGCAGAAUUAGCUAUGGUCUGUCAAUGAUGAUGCUGCUCAUUCUGAUACCAUGGCUCUGUAAUUUUGCAGAGGGACAGUACCUCAGUGUGAUUCCAGUCCUAGAAGAAGUUGUCGCUCUAAGAGAGGGACAAACAGUCACCCUAUCAGCCACACUAGACCACAGUUCCACUGUUACCAUCUCUAAGUUUGAUUUUUCAUGGACCAAGACAUCCGGCAGCUUGCCAUCUGAUGCUCAGUUUAUCUUCACUGGUACCUCAUCUCAACUGAUAAUCAACAGAGUAAAGAUAGAGGAUGAGGGUGAGUACAGUGUGACAGUGAGAGGGAGGAGGAAUGAUGGAGGUUACAUUGACAAGAGUGCUGAAAUUAUUCUCACUUUAUUAGGACAGAUAAAGAUAGAACCAGAGUUCCCUGUAAAGUCUGUGAUAUGUUGCGGAGCUGUUGUUACUUUAUCUGUCACAAUCAACCGUGAUGUUGAACCUGGUGAUGUCAAGUGGACCAGGGAGGAUUCAAACUGGAAAGCAGACAGAUACCUUCCAAGCUCUCAAAACUUGGAGCUGAUAAUAUCAGAUAUCAGAGAAUCAGACUCAGGGACGUAUGUAGUUGAGGUUACACGUGACAACUUCUCUGGAUCCGCUGCCAUACUUCUCCUUGUUCGAAGUAAACCAAAGAUAACAGGAGAGGUGCUGGUUGAACGAUCUGUUGGACAGAGUGUUUACCUGCAACUCACCUUCAAUCCAGUGGUGGAUCUAGAAGCGAUUACUUGGUUUAAAGACAACAAGAAGAUUGUAGAUAAUCUCUCUUCAGAUGGAACUCAGCUUCAAAUAAACAACGUAAAAGUUGAAGACAGUGGGGUGUAUACUUGUAUAGCAAGUAACAGUGUCGGGACUGGACAACAUACCACACAGAUAACAAUUACAGGUAUCCCGAUGCUAGAAAUAACACCACUCAGCCAGCACGUGACACCCGGUGAUAAGAUGCAGAUAUAUUGCAGGGUUACUCAGCGUGCCACUCUUAAAUGGUAUCUAAAUGAUAUGGAGCUUCCAAACAAGGUGCUACUACCACGUGUAAAAGUAUACGGGUCCAACCCUUCCUACAUCCUGAUACUGAACUUUCUACCUAAGCAUCAGGGGGAGUACCAGUGCAGAACUCAGAGUAAACUAUCCAACGUACAGGGAUCAGCCAACGUUUUUAUGCGAGACAUACCACAACUAAAGAACACCACAUCACGGGCAGUGUUGGUCCAGCAGGGAGGGCAGGCUAGGUUCAGUGUGGAUAUUACUCUACUUUCUCCUCGAAAAUCAUCGGAAUUUUCCAUAUCCUGGUCUAGAGACGGAGAUGAGAUACAAGAGUACGACACCAGAUACCAGUUCCUGGACAACAGCAAAACUCUCAAAAUACUCAGUACUGAUCUGUCGGAGGAAGGAGGGUACAGUGUAGAAGCGAGGAACAAUAACGGUAGCAGCACCCUACAUUUCUACCUCACUUUCUCCGGGAGGAGCAGUGCUCCUGUAGUUUAUAAUGUUGUAGCUCCUGACACACUGCUACAGGGCGAAACGGUGACCCUGUAUUGCAGUGUGGGUGGUAACCCCGUCCCGAAGGUAUCCUGGUACUUUGGUAACUCCCUCUUAACAACGAGCUCAGUGGUAGUGUUAUCUAACGUGACGUCACGUGAUAGCGGGAACUAUGAAUGUCGAGGAUCCAACUCAAUUGGCUCCGGCAGUGCCACCAGAUAUGUGAAGAUUAGAGGCACACCUCGUGUGACGGCGAAGGUUAGUCCUCUAGUCGAAAAUGUGGGGAGAACAGCGACUCUUCAAGUUUACGUGGACGUGGAAACAUAUAUGAACCCAUUAGAUACCAAGUUAACUUGGAGUAGAAGCGAUGGCAAUUUAAUUGACUCCCGAGUUUCUUAUCAAGACAAUAUGAGAAAACUUGUCAUCUAUAACACUGAAGAGGCAGACGCUGGUACGUACAUCAUUAGAGCUUCAAAUCCAGAGUUCAACAUCAGGGAAACUUCCAUCUUAUUGAAAAUAACCACAGAAAAUCCAGUUUUGUCGUCCCCUACUAUGAAACAGACUUCUCUUGUGGGCAGCGCAGCGCGUCUUCUUGUAGUGGCAGAUGCAUUGCCCAGACCGGACCCUUCCCAGAUUAGAUGGACUCGAAACAACUCCAUGGUUGUCAUGACUACCGUGUCCAGUGAUGGGAUGUCCCUCAUUCUCUCUGAUGUUCAACCCACACAUACUGGAGUUUACAGGUUCCAGUAUCUGAACAGUCUUAUUGAUAUGACUCUUGUUGUUCAGCAACCUCCGCACAUCUUUAGAGCAAGUAAAGUUCAACAAACUGUUGCUGUGUUCGGGGAGGCUAGUUUCGUCUGUAGUUUUACAGGUUACCCGUUUCCAACUGUAAGGUGGUAUCAGGGAUACAAUGAACUGUUGAACAGUAACACUCGUUAUGAAAUAUCUCCUGAUCUUACAGUUCUCAAGAUUCGUAACGUUCAGGGAAUCAAUUGAACUGUAUUGUAUAUA